AUGAGAGCAUCAGCCUUCACUGCCACGUCUCCCGGGCAGCUGCGGCGGCGCGGGUAGCCGGCGGUGUGCAGGGCCGCGCCGGGGCGCCGAGACCGGGUCCGCCCGCCUCCUUCGGUCUUCCUCUCCCUUCCCUUCCUCGCAGGGCGGCCGCGGCUGCCCGCCCCUGCCCCUACUCCCGCUCCGCCGCGGAGCGCCGGCGGGCAGCGGCGAGGUGGGUCUGCCCGGCGGGAGGAGGGGCGCUCCGUCAAGCACCCACCGUUUCAGCCUCGUCCCCCGCCGGCGGUCAGGGGGGCUGCGGGGAUCGGGACUCGCCGCCGGGCCGCUACCGCCCGAAAGUGGACCCCGCUGCCGGCCGAUGUCCGAGCCGCGCCGCCGCCCGCGCUUGCAUGAACCUGGGAAGGCUUCAGGAUCAUUGUCUGGGUCUCAGGGCACAGCCUGCUGGAGGCACUGGAAGUGGAUUGGUUCCUGGUCAUGCCCGGUGGAAGGAGGGGACCCAGCCGGCAGCAGCUAAGCCGUUCAGCUUUGCCUUCUCUCCAGACACUGGUUGGCGGGAGCUGCGGAAACGGUACCAGUUUGAGAAACAGGAGAGGACAAAGGAAUGGUAGUGCCAUCAGCCUCUCUGCGCCUCCAAUCACAGCGCUGAUUACUCCAGAGCCUGUACGUCACUGCCGGAUACCUGAACUGCCAUUGGAUGGGAGCCUUCUCUUUGAAUUCCUGUUCUUCAUCUACCUACUGGUAGCACUCUUCAUUCAGUACAUCAAUAUCUACAAGACUGUCUGGUGGUACCCAUACAAUCACCCUGCUUCCUGCACCUCAUUGAAUUUUCACCUCAUUGACUACCACCUGGCGGCGUUCAUCACAGUGAUGCUGGCACGGAGGCUGGUGUGGGCCCUCAUCUCUGAGGCCUCACAAGUGGGUGCGACAUCAGUGGUUCACUACAUGGUGCGCCUGGUGCUGCUCACCCUGUGUGGAUGGGUGCUCUGCUGGACCUUGGUCAACCUCUUCCGCAGCCAUUCUGUUCUUAACUUCCUCUUCCUGGGCUACCCGUUUGGUGUCUACGUUCCUCUGUGCUGCUUCCACCAGGACAGCAGAACACAGCCUCUCCCUACAGACUGUGGGUACUCGGUACAGGAACAGAUGGUGGAUGAUGGGGCUUCAGCUGUCAGCAGCCUGGUCAAAGAUUUCUUCUCGCUUCUGUGGGAAUCACUGAGAGAACAGUUCAAUAAUCCUACGUCUAUCCCCACCCACAGCUGCCCCCUUUCCCCAGAUCUCAUCCGCAAUGAGGUGGAGUGCCUAAAAGCAGACUUCAACCGCAGGAUCAAGGAAGUUCUCUUCAACUCUCUCUUCAGUGCCUACUACGUGGCAUUCCUGCCACUGUGUUUUGUGAAGAGCACCCAGUACUACGACAUGCGCUGGUCCUGUGAGCACCUCAUCAUGGUGUGGAUCAAUGCCUUUGUCAUGCUCACCACUCAGCUGCUGCCUCCCAAGUACUGUGACCUGCUCCACAGAUCAGCUGCCCAUCUUGGCAAGUGGCAGAAACUAGAACAUGGUUCUUACAGCAAUGCUCCACAGCACAUCUGGUCAGAAAACACAAUAUGGCCACAAGGAGUUCUGGUGCGACGUAGCCGAUGCCUGUAUAAAGCAGUUGGGCCUUACAACGUAGCAGUGCCUUCAGAUGUGUCCCAUGCCCGCUUUUAUUUCCUCUUUCACCGUCCAUUACGGCUGCUCAACCUACUGAUUGUCAUCGAAGGCAGUGUGGUCUGCUACCAGCUCUACUCACUGCUGCGCUCAGAGAAGUGGAACCAUACCCUCUCCAUGGCCCUCAUCCUUUUCUGCAAUUAUUAUGUCUUAUUUAAGCUCCUCCGGGACCGGAUAGUAUUAGGCAGGGCAUACUCCUACCCACUUAACAACUAUGGACUCAAGGCACACUAGGGCGGCCAAACGUGUACCCCUUUUUCUGUCUCUCCCUACAGGGCAGAGAGGGAACCUCAGAAAAAAAAAAUAUUUUCGUACAGUUCUAUUUUUUUCUUGCGGCGUUUAUAAAUAUUUAAAAUAUUUUAUAUUUUGUAUACUAUUGUUUUUGUGGGGCGGGAAGGGAACCAGUGGCAAUUAAAUGUCGCUUUA